AUGUCGAUGCUUUUCCCCCGGAACCUAUUACUAUUUUCGAUUUUCAUCAGUCUACUAGCCUUGUUAACUUACCUAUCCUUCUUCUGGUCAAUCAGUAACGACCUGUAUUACUUGAAAGAGGAGAUUACCGAAGGGCUACGCGAAUUUCAGCUCGACACUGAGGAUUCCUGGAAUAAGCUAAUCUCGCUGGAAUAUGAAUUCAAGCGAGCAAAAAGAGAUCCAGAGGAAAAAUUGUAUACCUAUAAGGCCAGGAUUCCAGCCCGUAUUCGGAAUAGACAUCGAUUCCAAAAAGCCCAUCAAAAUCUGCAAAAUUCCGAAGCUACAGAAGAACCAAUUUUGCCGGCUUUUAAUCUAGAGAAGCUGGCGGAGAAAAUGAAGAUAGGGCAGUCGGAUAGAAAAUGCCCGCAAGGUCCACCCGGGCUACCGGGGGUGGAUGCUCCAAAUGGAGAAAAAGGCGUGCCUGGGAUUCCGGGAAUACCCGGAAUGAACUGGGCAGCGCCUGCCAAGAUCGUGAUCAAGGAAUGUAUCCAGUGUCCGGCGCAACCAGGUCCGCCGGGACCGAGAGGUCCGACUGGACAGAUCGGUCCGCCGGGCGAACCGGGGCUGCCCGGCAUCACAAGACGACUCCCCGGACCGCCCGGUGAAAAGGGCGAACCCGGCCGUCCGGGUAUGGUCUUUUUUUUG